AUGUCGUGGCUCUUUGGCUCCAAGAAGCAAGAGACUACCGAACCCGAGGCGACGUCGCUGUUAGGCUUCGACCCCGCCCAGGUCACCGACAUCAACAACGUCAUCAAAACCCCGGGCGCGUUGGACCCGGCGAGAUUGCACCCGUUGGCGGGGUUGGGCAAAGGUAUCGAGUACUUGGACCUUGAAGAAGAACAAUUAAACACCGUUGAGGGUUCCCAAGGGAUCAUCCCCCUGAGACUGUGGACGGACGAUCUCUGUUACGGUACCGGUGCGGUGUACUUGUUGGGGUUAGGCAUCGGGGGUGCCUACGGUAUGCAAGAAGGUUUAAAGGCGGUGACCCCGGACAUGCCCGGGAGAGUCAAACUCAAUACCGUGUUGAACCACAUCACCAGACGCGGGCCCUACAUCGGUAACUCCGCCGGGGUCAUCGCCAUGACCUACAACCUUAUCGACUCGUCCUUAGACGCUCUCAGAGGCAAGCACGACGACCUCAACUCCGUCGCCGCGGGGGCGUUGGCCGGGGCGUUGUUUCAAGCCGGUAAGGGGGCUAAGCCCAUGAUGUACUCGACGGCGCUUGUUUCCGGCGCCGCCGCCGCCUGGUGUGGGUUGAAGCGCGUGUUGAAGCACGGCGUCGAAUCCGAGGUGCUCAGUGAACCUCAAGUGACUAACGAAGCUAAAUGA